CGCUCCCAUCCCCAGUUCCAUCAAAGCGAACCCGGGCCAGCGCAAGGAUCUCCGAGUUGCGAGUGUGCUGAGGCUGGGACUGUCACUCAUUCUCCGAUCAGCGCGUGAACGCAGCUCGACAAGCCGCUGGCAGGAAACAAUUCUGCAAAAAUAAUCAUACUCAGCCUGGCAAUUGUCUGCCCCUAGGUCUGUGGCUCUGCCGCCGUCCACACUCUCUGCAAGGGGGGGGGGCACAGAAUUUACCGCGGCAAGAACGUCCCUCCCAGCCAGCAGAUUACAAUGCUGCAAACUAAGGAUCUCAUCUGGACUUUGUUUUUCCUGGGAACUGCAGUUUCUCUGCAGGUGGAUAUUGUCCCCAGCCAAGGGGAGAUCAGCGUUGGAGAAUCCAAAUUCUUCUUAUGCCAAGUGGCAGGAGAUGCCAAAGAUAAAGACAUCUCCUGGUUCUCCCCCAAUGGAGAAAAGCUCACCCCAAACCAGCAGCGGAUCUCCGUGGUGUGGAAUGAUGACUCUUCCUCCACACUCACCAUCUACAAUGCCAACAUUGAUGAUGCCGGCAUCUACAAGUGUGUGGUCACUGGCGAGGAUGGCAGCGAGUCAGAGGCCACGGUCAACGUGAAGAUCUUCCAGAAGCUCAUGUUCAAGAAUGCACCAACCCCACAGGAGUUCAGGGAGGGGGAAGAUGCCGUGAUCGUGUGUGAUGUGGUCAGCUCCCUCCCCCCAACCAUCAUCUGGAAACACAAAGGCCGGGAUGUCAUCCUGAAAAAAGAUGUCCGAUUCAUAGUCCUGUCCAACAACUACCUGCAGAUCCGGGGCAUCAAGAAAACAGAUGAGGGCACUUAUCGCUGCGAGGGCAGAAUCCUGGCACGGGGGGAGAUCAACUUCAAGGACAUUCAGGUCAUUGUGAAUGUGCCACCCACCGUCCAGGCCAGGCAGAGCAUAGUGAAUGCCACCGCCAACCUCGGCCAGUCCGUCACCCUGAUAUGCGAUGCUGAAGGCUUCCCAGAGCCCACCAUGAGCUGGACAAAGGACGGGGAACAGAUAGAGAAUGAAGAAGAUGACAAAUACGUCUUCAGCGAUGACAGUUCUGAGCUGACCAUCAGGAAGGUGGAUAAGAACGACGAGGCCGAGUACGUGUGCAUCGCCGAGAACAAGGCUGGAGAGCAGGAUGCAUCCAUCCACCUCAAAGUCUUUGCAAAACCCAAAAUCACUUAUGUAGAGAACCAGACUGCCAUGGAACUAGAGGAACAAGUCACUCUUACCUGUGAAGCCUCAGGAGACCCCAUUCCCUCUAUCACCUGGAGGACUUCUACCCGAAACAUCAGCAGCGAAGAAAAGACUCUGGAUGGGCACAUGGUGGUGCGCAGCCAUGCCCGUGUGUCAUCUCUGACCCUGAAGAGCAUCCAGUACACAGACGCGGGAGAAUACAUCUGCACUGCCAGCAACACCAUCGGCCAGGACUCCCAGUCCAUGUACCUCGAAGUGCAAUAUGCCCCGAAGCUGCAGGGCCCUGUGGCUGUCUACACGUGGGAGGGGAACCAGGUGAACAUCACGUGCGAGGUAUUUGCCUACCCCAGCGCCACAAUUUCAUGGUUCCGGGAUGGCCAGCUGCUGCCAAGCUCCAAUUACAGCAAUAUCAAGAUCUACAACACCCCCUCCGCCAGCUACCUGGAGGUGACCCCAGACUCUGAAAAUGACUUCGGAAAUUACAACUGUACUGCAGUGAACCGCAUUGGACAGGAGUCUUUGGAAUUCAUCCUUGUCCAAGCAGACACCCCAUCUUCACCGUCCAUCGACCAGGUGGAGCCGUACUCUAGCACAGCACAGGUGCAGUUUGAUGAACCAGAGGCCACAGGUGGUGUGCCCAUCCUCAAAUACAAGGCCGAGUGGAGAGCAGUGGGCGAAGAAGCGUGGCAUUUCAAGUGGUAUGAUGCCAAGGAGGCCAACAUGGAGGGCAUUGUCACCAUCGUGGGCCUGAAGCCGGAGACGACGUACGCGGUGCGGCUGGCGGCCCUCAACGGCAAGGGGCUGGGGGAGAUCAGCACAGCCUCUGAGUUCAAGACGCAGCCAGUCCGGGAACCCAGUGCACCUAAACUGGAAGGGCAGAUGGGAGAGGAUGGAAACUCUAUUAAGGUGAAUCUGAUCAAACAGGAUGACGGCGGCUCCCCCAUCAGGCACUACCUGGUCAAGUACCGAGCGCUCUCCUCGGAGUGGAAACCGGAGAUCCGGCUCCCAUCCGGCAGUGACCACGUCAUGCUCAAGUCCCUGGACUGGAAUGCUGAAUAUGAAGUCUACGUGGUGGCUGAGAACCAGCAGGGAAAGUCCAAGGCGGCUCAUUUUGUGUUCAGGACCUCGGCCCAGCCCACGGCCAUCCCAGCCAACGGCAGCCCUACAUCAGGCCUGAGCACUGGGGCCAUUGUGGGCAUCCUCAUCGUCAUCUUUGUCCUGCUACUGGUGGUGGUGGACAUCACCUGCUACUUCCUGAACAAGUGUGGGCUGCUCAUGUGCAUUGCCGUCAACCUGUGCGGAAAGGCUGGGCCCGGAGCCAAGGGCAAGGACAUGGAGGAGGGCAAAGCCGCCUUCUCGAAAGAUGAGUCCAAGGAACCCAUCGUGGAAGUGCGGACCGAGGAGGAGCGGACCCCAAACCACGAUGGAGGGAAACACACGGAACCCAACGAGACCACCCCGCUGACGGAGCCCGAGCUGCCGGCCGACACCACAGCCACUGUCGAGGACAUGCUGCCUUCUGUCACCACCGUCACCGCUAACUCUGACACUAUCACCGAAACCUUUGCCACUGCUCAGAACAGCCCCACCAGUGAGACCACCACCCUGACCUCCAGUAUUGCCCCCCCGGCCACGGCCACGCCUGACUCAAACUCUGUGCCCACUGGCCAGGCCACCCCUUCCAAGGGGCCCGGCGCCACCGCCUCCUCCCCUCCCCCAGCUUCGGCCCCCAAGGUUGCCCCCCUCGUUGACCUGAGCGACACCCCGGCCUCAGCCCCUGCUGCUGGCAGUUUGUCUUCUAGUGUCCUGGCUCACCAGGGGGCUGUGCUCAGCCCCAGCGCCCCUGCCAGCGCGGGGGAGGCCUCCAAGGCCCCUCCCGCGAGCAAGCCGAGCCCCACCGCGGCCGGGGCAACCAGUCCCCUAGCGGCAGCGGCCGCCCCUGCCACGGCAGCCCCGCAGGCCAAGCAGGAGGCCCCCAGCACCAAAGGCCCGGACCCUGAGCCCACCCAGCCCGGCGCCGUGAAGAGCCCGACCGAGGCAGCAGCCACGGGCCUCACUAGCCCGAAGAGCGAGGCUGCCUCCGUCAGCGCCACAAACCCUGCCCAGGGCGAGGACUUUAAAAUGGACGAAGGGAACUUCAAGACCCCAGAUAUUGACCUUGCAAAGGAUGUUUUUGCAGCCCUGGGCUCUCCUGCUCCCACCGCUGGGGCCAGUGGACAAGCCCCUGAGCUUGCCCCUUCCACUGCAGACAGCUCUGUUUUGCCUGCACCAGCAAAGACCGAGAAGGGCCCCGUAGAAGCAAAGUCGGAGAGCCAGGAGACAGAAACGAAACCAGCGCCAGCCGAAGUCAAGACGGUCCCCAAUGACGCCACACAGACAAAGGAGAACGAGAGCAAAGCAUGAUGGGUGACAAGAAAUGAGCAGAUCAAAGUAAAAAGUGACACCAUAGUUUCACCAGAGCAUUUCCAAUAUCACACACACACACACACGCACACGCACACACACACACACACACACACACACCUCAUUCCUCUAGUGUCUUUUGCCUUUAAAAAAAAAAAAAGUAAACAGAUAAACAGGGGAUCUCCUUUUUGUAGGUUUAUAGAAAGGGUUCCUUUGCUGCGCACUCACUUGUAAGAAAAUGAGACAAAAAGGUUAAACCCACAGCCAAACUAGGACACUCCGUUCCCUGAAACCAUUUAAAAACCAAACAAAAGGACCCCAAAUUAAGAAUCUAGGAAGCUCAGAAAGAAAAAAAAAAUCUAGGUUCAGGAAGACCGCACUUGGUGUUGCCCAAUUGGCACAGACCAGUUUCAGAGAAGUGCUUCCAGGCACUAAGACUAACGAAUGAGCAAAGUCCAAGUUUAUUUUUAUACUUUGAGUCGAGUUUGAACUCUGUAAAACCCCAUAAAUAAGUUAUAAUUUCUGUUCACUUUGUAUUUGUUCAGUAUGCAAAGUGUGUCACCCUUUCUAGCUGAAUUCAAUCCCCACGUAGACUCUCGUUUUGUAGGAAGAAGGCCAAAUUGCAGCUUCUGGGGGCAGAUCUCAGUUUGCAAUAUUCGAAUUUCUUUCUCCUUCGUUUUCUCUCUCUCUCUCUUUUUUUUUCUUUCUGCCAUCUUUGUUUUCCAGUGUUUACAAGUUGACAACUGUCUGACUUUGGUUGUGUUUAAAUGUCCAUGUAAAAUAGCUGCCUUUUUUUUUUUUUUUUUUUUUUUAAGUUACAAAUACUGCCUAGAGGCGGGUAGAGUCAUCACAGGCUUGUUUUCGCACAGGACAACUUUACAAACUAUGAUUGUUUACAGUGGCUCUCCUCCCCCACCCCCACCACCCCCAUUCUGAUUUGAAAUUUUUGCCUGUGUGCAACUCAGGUGAAAAUCCAUCUCGUUCUGGAGUGGUUUUGCUUUUUUUUUUUUUUUUUUUUUUGGCCCUUCAAUUCUUUUUGUAUUUCCUUGGGGGUUAGACCACUUUCUGAUUAGCCACCACCUGCCUGUAUCUGUGAAAAAGAGUCUGCCCCCCCCCCCUAGGCAUCUGCAUCCCCUUCCUUUUGAAGGACUCCUUAGGCUUUGUUGAAUGAAGCAGAGAAGAUUGUAUAGUUGGGGCUGGUCUUGGUGAACACACAUUUUUACCCCAAACAUCCCCUUUUUGUAGAAAGCCAAAUAAAAUAUAUACAUACAA